AUGUAUUCGGUUGAGUGGCAAAAGCGAGGAUUACCCCAUGCACAUAUUUUGGUUUGGUUCAUCGACAAAAUCCGUCCUGAAGAAAUCGAUAGUAUCAUUUCUGCGGAAAUUCCAGAUCCAUCCACUGACCAACUGCUGUUUGAUAUUGUUACAACAAACAUGAUUCAUGGUCCAUGUGGUACUCUUAAUAGUUCAUCGCCUUGCAUGGCUGAUGGAAAAUGUACUAAAAAUUUCCCUAAAGAUUUUACCGAAAAUGGCGGACAAUCAUUUAUUAAAAAUAUCAUCAACACAGACAUUGAUAUUGACAAUCGUUGGGUGGUGCCAUAUUCGCCUCUGCUGAGCAAGACAUAUAAUGCUCAUAUUAAUGUUGAGUUCUGCAGUUCUGUGAAGAGCAUCAAAUACAUUUGCAAAGUGGAAAAUACUAAUGUGAAUGCUCCUCCAGUAAAUAAAAACGAUGAAAUAACGCUCUACCAAAUUGGUCGGUACAUCAGCUCCAAUGAAGUUGCUUGGCGUAUCUUUGGUUUUCCAAUUCAUGAACGGGAUCCAGCAGUUGUUCAGUUAGCCAUCCAUCUUGAAAACGGUCAGCGUAUAUUUUUCACGAACGAGACAGCGAUUGAUCGUGCAAUAAAUCCACCUAAAACUACACUCACUGCAUUUUUUGAAUUGUGUAAUCGUGCGGAUGAUUUUGGUGCCUUUGCACGAACAUUACUCUAUUCACAAGUACCACGCUAUUUCACAUGGACUCAAACAAAAACAUGGAUGCCCCUCAAUCCAAGACACACGGAGUGCUUUUAUCUUCGACUGUUGUUGGUUAAUGUUACUGGCCCAUCAUCAUUUCAAGAUAUACGUAAAGUGAAUGGGCAACAAUAUCCAACAUAUAAAGAUGCAUGCCUUGCACUCGGCUUGCUGGAAGACGACAACCAGUGGGAAUGCAUGCUUGCUGAAGCUGCAUUGAACUGUACAGCAAUACAAAUUCGUCUACUAUUCGCUAUAGUGUUGACUACAUGUUUCCCAGCCCGAGCACAGAUAUUAUGGGAAAAUCACAAAGAUUCAAUGACUGAUGAUAUAUUGCAUCAACAUCGUAUAUGGUGCCACGAUCUAACCAUAACAUUCAGCGACGAAAUGUACAAUGAAGCAUUGAUUGCUAUUGAGGAUCUUUGCAUUGUCAUUGCCAACUUACCACUUAGUAAUUUCGGUAUGAAUUCGCCAAAUCGAACUGCAUCUGAUUUAAUGAAUACUGAAAUGAAUCGUGAACUGCAGUACAGUACUGUAGAAAUGGCAGCGAUUGUUGCCCGCAAUGUCCCACUAAUGAAUGAGGAACAAAGAACCAUUUAUGAUCGCAUUAUGCUCGCAGUUUCAGCUGGACAACGUGGGUUCUUCUUUUUGGAUGCACCGGGUGGAACUGGCAAAACAUUCGUUAUUUCGCUAAUUCUUGCUGAAAUACGUUAA